AUGACGUCCUUUCAACUGUUUCCUGAUCCAAAUUUUACUACCUCACCAGUUGAUGUCGAUCAAGACCCUGUCUUUAUGCCAUACUCUAGUGGUACUACAGGCCCGCCGAAGGGAGUGAUGCUGACCCAUAAAAACUACUCUGCUCUUAUGAGUAUUUAUGGAAGACAUGAUGAGUUACGCAUGUUGGGAGGACUUUCUCCACCAUGGUGCUGUGAGAAAGACAGAGAACUGCUACUUUUGCCAUUUUAUCACUGCUUUGGAUUUGCGCUUAUGAUGUCAUCCAUUCUCAAAGGUGGCACUUCAGUGGUGAUGUCACAUUUUCAUCCACAAUUAUUUUGCGAGUCUGUACAAAAUUUCCAGCGGGGCAGCACCAGCUGGGAAGGAUCUGUGCGAGGGACUGAAGAAGAAAUACAAAAACAUAAGGGCACAUCCAGCAAGGCUAUGGGACAGCCAGUUGGAAGCGUCGGGAAGCUUGUUUCGAAUUUGGAGAUGAAGAUUGUUGACCCAGAAGAUAAUACUAUGAAGGCACGAGGAGAGAUCGGAGAGAUUUGCAUACGCGGUCCCACAGUAAUGCUUGGUUACUUUGGGAAGCCAGAAGCCACAAAAGAGUGUAUCAGAGACGGAUUCAUACGUGCGACUUUGCAGUUCAUCAUCUGUGUUGGAGACGAGCCUUCAAGUACAUUUCCUAGCAACUGCUAUCAGUGGAAUGACGUCCUUUCAACUGUUCCUGAUCCAAAUUUUACUACCUCACCAGUUGAUGUCGAUCAAGACCCUGUCUUUAUGCCAUACUCUAGUGGUACUACAGGCCCGCCGAAGGGAGUGAUGCUGACCCAUAAAAACUACUCUGCUCUUAUGAGUAUUUAUGGAAGACAUGAUGAGUUACGCAUGUUGGGAGGACUUUCUCCACCAUGGUGCUGUGAGAAAGACAGAGAACUGCUACUUUUGCCAUUUUAUCACUGCUUUGGAUUUGCUAUUACAGCGCUUAUGAUGUCAUCCAUUCUCAAAGGUGGCACUUCAGUGGUGAUGUCACAUUUUCAUCCACAAUUAUUUUUGCGAGUCUGUACAAAAUUUCAGAUUCGAUUCGUAGCCGUAGUUCCACCUAUACUGGUGUUCCUUGUCAAAAAUCCUAUAUGCGAACGAUACGACCUCUCUUCAUUGCAAUUCAUUUUCAGCGGGGGCAGCACCAGCUGGGAAGGAUCUGUGCGAGGGACUGAAGAAGAAAUACAAAAACAUAAGGCACAUCCAGCAAGGCCAGAUACUUUAGCUAUAAUUGAUAUAAAUCAAUGGAACUUGUCAGAUCUAAAUAUCAACGAUUUUCUAGGCUAUGGUAUGUCCGAAUUGAGCAUGGGAUCUCAUCUACCUGACAUUACUCAGGGACAGCCAGUUGGAAGCGUCGGGAAGCUUGUUUCGAAUUUGGAGAUGAAGAUUGUUGACCCAGAAGAUAAUACUAUGAAGGCACGAGGAGAGAUCGGAGAGAUUUGCAUACGCGUCCCACAGUAA